AUGAAAUUGGGUGACCAAGUUGUGGCCCGAUUAGAUAUGGAGGAGGUUGAGACUGAAGCUUCAUUUUGGAAGAAUGCGAUUGUUUGCAUUGUCCUGGGAGCUAACCCUCCUUUCCGAGUAUUUGAAGGAUUUGUCAAGAGAAUUUGGGGCAACUUGGGUGUUGAGAAGAUAGUGAGAAUGCAUUCUGGUUUUACCCUUGUUAAUUUCAGGGAUGAAGCUACAAAGGACCUGAUUUUGGAAGCAGGAGUUAUACACUUUGAUAAAAAGCAUGUGGUUCUUCGUCCUUGGACACCAGAUAUGGACUCUAUGAGAAUGGUCAAGUCGGUUCCGGUUUGGAUUCGGCUGAAUGGCUUGGGUUUGCAAUACUGGGGAAAAAAUAGUCUCAGUGCUAUGGUGAGCACAAUUGGGAGACCGGUUAUGGUGGAUAAAGUGACGCAAAGUAGAUCGAUGGUGAAAUAUGCGAGGAUAUUGGUGGAUAUGGAGAUUACGGAUCAUCCUCCGAAAUCUAUUUCUUUUAUUAAUGAAAGGGAACAAAUCACAGAACAAAUGGUGGAAUAUCAAUGGCUUCCCUCUAAGUGUGCUGCCUGCUCGAAUUUAGGUCAUAUACUGGCAAAUUGUAACAAGAAUACUGGUUUUAGUUGGAGGAAGAAAUCUACUGAUGAGAAUGGUACUAGUACAGACAAGAUCAUAUCCAAAACAGAGGAGGUUCAACAACAAUCGGAGUCUGCUAUUCCUGAUCCCAGAGCUUGCACUGCUUCUAAUAUUGGAGAGGAAGAGAGGGCUAGUAGUUCUCUAGAGCAAAAUGCUUCCAAGGUUAUUAGUGAUGUUCAUGAUUUUUCAGAAGCUACUCAGCAAACUGGAAAAGGGAAUGCUGAGGUUGCAGGAAGCUGGAUUACUCCCAGAAGGAGAGGUGCUCGACAAGGGGUGUUAAAUGCUCACAAGUCAGAUUUCAUUCAAGGGAAGGCUAAAUCGGGCAAUGGAUAUGCGGUGCUGCAAGAUACAGGGAUUGGUCAUUUGGUCACUAAUUCUAUCCCAAUUCAGUGA